AUGUCAUCAAUUCAUUUCAUUGAUAUUAUAUGUGUAUAUAUAGACUUAACAUACUGAAGGUUCAUUGCAAAACCAUGAAGACUUCACGGGGGCUGAGUUUGAGACCUUCUGGUCCACGCAGUACAAGCCUCAAAUUUGUAUCGCUCAAGAGCAGGAAAUCGCAUUUGCAGAGGAGGAAAAUAAAGGGUAAGAUAAAGCAGUUAAGGGUAGAGAUGGCGGAGAUCAGCGAGGAUCAUAGAUGUAUCAGAGAGGGUCAAAGGAAAGUGAGAGAAAGGCUUGAGGAGAUACAGUCACAACGCAAGAAGCUCUGGCAGGAAACAGAGCUUAUUGCGAAAGAUAGCAUUACCAUCCAAAUGAAGCUAAAUUUUAUGUUCAAAAUCAUUAAAGCAAGAGCUCAAAAUGACUAUGCUUUGGUUUCUCAACUCACUCGCUCUCUCCGGGAUUUGAUAUCCAAGCCAAACCAAUGAAACUUCCUUUGAGGACUAUGAUGGACAAUCUUGAGGAGUAUUCAUAUAUAUAUAUAUAUACACCAGCAGCGUUGCGAAGGAGUUUUAUGGAUAUGGUAUGCUGGAAAUGGCGUGAACUAAAAAUAAAAGACUAUUGUGAGUCUUACAUGUCAAACGAGUAUGAAUUUGAUUUAGUAAGAAAUGUAAAAGAUUGUGUUUGUAUUGUAAUAUCAUAUUCAAUUGUUAUCGAGCUUACACAGAUGCUUUGCAUCGAUCCCCUGCCAUAGUCUCUACAAUAUUCGAUUUGAUGCAGAACGAAAAUAAUUUCACGAGUCGUCCAA